GCAGCCAGCUCCCAGCUGGCAGAACUGGGAAGUUGAACUUGAGCUGGUUUGGGAGCUUGAGCGAGUGGGUGACAGGUCGCUCCUGACUGAAAAGGUUGUUCCGGCAAUUCAGGAUUGGGGGGACCAUGCAGAGAGACAGGAAGGCAGAGCUGUGCUAGGGGCUGCUCCCCAGGACCUGAACUGGGACCCAGAAUUUUCAGGGGGAGGCGAUGUCCCCGAGAACAGAGGUCUCUGGUCCCAUCUUAAGCUCUGCUGGGUCCUGCAUGACAUCAACAGCCACCUCGCUGCUGCCCAGAGUUGCGAGCUGGGGCCAGGCCGGCGCCAGGCACAGACACUUUGGCCCUUGUUGGGAGAACAGAGAGAGGCUCUCUUCUCCACUGCCCGUCCUCUGACUCCAAUCGCUAGUUCUCUCAGAGGCCUUUCCUCAGGCUGCCGCAGUAUCCACCUGAGCACUGUUACAGAAUGGCGGACCAUAGCACUAGCGUGGCUGGGACCCCUCGUCCACAGCUCUCAAGAGCCAAUGGGAACAUCAACCUGGGGCCUUCGGCCAACCCAAAUGCCCGGCCCACCGACUUCGACUUCCUCAAAGUCAUUGGCAAAGGGAACUAUGGGAAGGUCCUACUAGCCAAGCGCAAGUCCGACGGGAAGUUCUAUGCAGUGAAGGUGCUGCAGAAAAAAUCCAUCUUAAAGAAUAAAGAGCAGAACCACAUCAUGGCGGAGCGCAAUGUGCUUCUGAAAAACGUGCAGCACCCCUUCCUCGUGGGCCUGCGUUACUCCUUCCAGACGCCCGAGAAGCUCUACUUUGUGCUCGACUAUGUCAAUGGGGGAGAGCUCUUCUUCCACCUGCAGCGGGAGCGCAGAUUCCUGGAGCCCCGGGCUCGGUUCUAUGCCGCCGAGGUGGCCAGUGCCAUUGGCUACCUGCACUCCCUCAACAUCAUCUACAGGGACCUGAAACCAGAGAACAUACUCUUGGACUACCAGGGACACGUGGUACUGACGGAUUUUGGCCUUUGCAAGGAAGGUGUAGAGCCAGAAGAGACCACGUCCACAUUCUGUGGCACCCCCGAGUACUUGGCUCCGGAAGUGCUUCGUAAAGAGCCUUACGAUCGGGCGGUGGACUGGUGGUGCUUGGGGGCUGUUCUCUACGAGAUGCUGCACGGCCUGCCACCCUUCUACAGCAAAGACAUAUCCCAGAUGUAUGAGAACAUUCUGCACCAGCCGCUCCAGAUCCCCGGGGGCCGGACGGUGGCUGCCUGUGACCUCCUGCAAGCCCUUCUCCACAAGGACCAGAGGCAGCGGCUGGGCUCUAAAGCAGACUUUCUUGAGAUAAAGAACCACGUGUUCUUCAGCCCCAUAAACUGGGAUGACUUGUACCACAAGAGGCUGACUCCACCCUUCAACCCAAACGUGGCUGGACCUGAUGACUUGAAAAACUUUGACCCUGAGUUCACCCAGGAAGCCGUGUCAAAGUCCAUUGGCUGCACUCCUGACACUGUGGCCAGCAGCUCCGGGGCCUCAAGUGCAUUCCUGGGAUUUUCCUAUGUGCCAGAGGAUGAUGCCGUCAUGGAUUGCUAGAAGCGCCUGUGAAACCACUGGUAUCUAUAAGGAAUUACCUUCAGCUGCUAGGAACAGAGACUCGAAGUUAACAGUGGCUUUAAAAUGAUUCGUUUUUUUCCAGCACAAAAAGAACGGUGUGGGGCCGGCCUGGUGGCUCAGGCUGUUGGAGCUCCGUGCUCCUAACUCUGAAGGCUGCUGGUUUGAUUCCCACAUGGGCCAGUGGGCUCUCAACCAC